UGUAAACCGAUUAUUCAAGGUUCCUUUUUUUUGCGUUUAUUUAUGUUUUAUUAAACGGAACAUCUACCUGACCAUGAAAAUACAUCGUUCGUGAUAAAAACGACCGCACUUAAAACAAACGUGUCAGGCAGUUAACGUUUGUGUUGUUCAGUGUCGUCGGAACCGAUCAUGUGAGUUUAACACUCCAACUCAACAUACUACUUACUUAUUUAAUACAAAUCGUCAUGUCUGGGCAUACUUCACAAGAGGAGGCAGAAGCUGACAGAGUGGUCAUGGUGAAGAAGAUCCUGAGUGCAGCAUUUUAUGCGUCAGCUUCGUUCAUGAUAACGGUAGUGAAUAAAACCGUAUUAACGUCUUACGCAUUCCCUUCCUAUCAAGUUUUAGGCUUAGGCCAAAUGGUGGCCACAAUUACGGUGCUGUGGUGUGGAAGAUCAUUCAAUGUGGUAAAGUUUCCGACAUUAGACAGCGGCGUUGCUCGCCGUAUUUGGCCCCUACCAUUGAUCUACAUGGGAAACAUGGCCACAGGCCUUGGUGGUACAAAAGAACUUAGUCUUCCAAUGUUUACUGCACUCAGACGCUUUAGCAUACUGAUGACUAUGAUUGGUGAAAGAUUUGUGCUUGGAAUAAAAGCAUCUUGGCCUGUCCAGGUCAGUGUAUUGGCAAUGGUUGGAGGAGCACUACUCGCAGCUGCUGAUGAUGUCACAUUCUCAUGGUCAGGUUAUACACUGGUAUUAUUAAAUGACGGCUUCACAGCAGCUAAUGGAGUUUAUAUGAAGAAGAAAUUGGAUUCUAAGGAGCUUGGCAAGUAUGGGCUAAUGUAUUACAAUGCAUUGUUUAUGAUCAUUCCAGCCGGGAUAGUCGCUUGGUGUACAGGUGAUCUGGAACGCUCUGCUGCCUACCCAAAUUGGUCUGACAUGCUAUUUUUUACUCAGUUUUUAAUGUCAUGUGUUAUGGGUUUUGUAUUAUCCUAUAGUGUAAUGCUAUGUACACAACACAAUAGUGCAUUAACAACAACUAUUAUAGGCUGUCUAAAAAAUAUUUUUGUUACUUAUUUGGGUAUGAUUAUUGGUGGAGAUUAUGUGUAUUCAUGGCUCAACUUUGUAGGGUUAAAUAUAAGUGUACUUGCCAGUUUGGGAUACACUUAUGUUACAUUUAAAAGAAAACCAGCUUCAUACCUGCUGCUUAAUGAAGCAAAUAGUAAAGUUGAUACUGUAUAGCAAUUCUUAAAGAAAUAUUCAACCAAAACUCUACACCAGUUGUAUGGUAAAAGCGGUUGUUGCCAAAGAAAUGAUUUAAAUAUUGCCUGGUAUCACCAUGUUACUGUAAGUAAUGUGAUGUGUAAUAAAAAAAAUCCAAUUGUAUUUUGUUAUACUGUUUGUUGUAGCAUUUAUACAAGUUUGCUUGAACCAACUACAUUUAAAUUGUGGUCUACAAAGAUAUUGAAAGUUUAGUGUAACAUUUUAAAGUUAAAAUAUCUUUUUUAUACAUAUUUAGACUCUAAAAUGCAUAAGUACAUGAAUAUAUAGGAAUUGACAGAAGCUGAAUGUAAAACAACACCAAACACUUUUUAUAUUGAGUAUAUUUACAUUUAUAAUGUAUAAGAACAACAAAAUAAGAAUUGGAGCAUUUUUUAACAAACAUUAAUUAAUUAUUCAUAAGGUGUUCACUAUGAUGUAAGGUAUCAAAAUGUUGGCUAUUUUGUAGCGUUUAAUUGAAAUUGUCUAUAAUUCAACUUGAUUAUUUAUCGUUGAUAAAUCAGCCAUGAGGGCUGAUUUUUCAAUGAUAAUUAAUAUAACAGUCAAAAUUAUAUGAGCGAGACUAAAAAACUUAAAAAACAAAUAACAGGUGCAUUGUUUAGUUGUUAAUUUUUUUUCCGUGCAAAUUUAAAAUAACAACUACGUAAUUUUGUCAAGUUCUGAAUUAUUUACAUGAAAGAUCUAAAAGUGCACUUAAGUUAGCGCUGUGAGCAAAGCAUCUUUCAUUACUGAAAAUGCGAAAUACGACCAAAGCACAUCAUCUGCAUGGAUGAAAAAGGAAAAUGUAGACUGUAGUAACUGUAUUAAUCAACGUGUGCUUGGCUACUGAUUACGUCAUUCGUGAUUUUAGUAAUAACUGAAAAAUUCAAUAUUUUCCUUCUUAGUGCUGUAUUGUUGUACGCUUGAUGUAAGAUUUACACGUUCCCAAUCGUGAAGUCCUUUCCAGAAUCGAAGCACUGUAACAACAUACUAACUGAACAACCUGAAUGUAGAUCAUGUUAGAGUCCAUGUUAAAUUCUGUAAUACUGUUUUAUAUUUAGAAAAGCAAUUGCUAUAAAAGUGUGGACAAACUUGAGCGUUAAAACCAGGUAAAUGAAUUUAAUUUUAAUCUGACGUUACAGAGUAUCGAUAGUCGAAAUCGACCUUCGAUUAGGAAAGCAAAAAACUUAUAAUAAGUGAAUAGUUUUACCCAGAGAUUUAUUUAGGUAUGUUACUAUCAUUUAUUCGUUCUAUUCUUCGAUCCGAUUCGAUCGAAUGUGCGUUUUAAAGAUCGCGAUCGAAUGUGGUAGGUAUUAUAGAGUUAGCGGUAUCAAGAGGUUAUUUUUUACUGACGGUCAUGAAUUAAGUUACUAUUAAUUACAUUUUAUAAAUGUGUUUGGUUAAAAGCAGAACUUAGCUACGGACUGAGUGGUUCGAUUGGACAAUCAUCAGGUUUAGUUCGAGAUUUUAGUUCCAAUUUCCAAACCAGUUUCCAUAUUCCAAUAGAAGUACGAUGGUAAUUCUAGUAAUACGUAAACUUGGUGGGUAGGUUUGGUUACCAACUAAUCGUAGAUUUUUAAUCUAUUAUCAACGCCUUGUAUUGUCGAUAUCUUUGAUGUUUAUUGUACAAGUUGUUUUUGAUUAAAAAAUAGUUAGGUAGGAACAUGCCU